AUGGGCGUAGGAAAACGCAGGUCUGCUCAUUCGAGCAUUUACAAUAGGCUCGUAACUGUGGCUGUUGCUUUUGGGUCUAUGACCUAUGGGUAUUGCUCAGCCAUUAUUGGAAGUACCAUUGGCCAACCCGGGUGGUAUGAAUUCUUUGACCUCCCCAUGCAAGGAGAACCAGGUUACGGCGGCAAAACCACAAAUGCCAUUGCGACUGCCAAUGGCCUCUACAGUGCUGGUGGAGCAGUCGGGUCUCUCUUCAUCAUGUGGUCAGCCACUACUCUUGGUCGCAAGAGAAGCAUCCAACUUGGUGCUAUCCUAGCCAUCAUCGGCGGUGCCUUCCAUAUGUUCCAUGUCGGUCGAGUUAUUUCAGGUUUAGGGAUUGGUAUACUGGUGACGGCUUGUCCGAUGUAUCUUUCUGAAUUGGCACCACCCGAGAACCGAGGAUGGCUAGUGGGUCACCACGCCAUCUUCCUCGUUUUUGGCUACAUGCUCUCAGGGUGGUUAGGCUAUGCCUGCUAUUUCGCAACAGACAAGAACGCGUCUUUCGCAUGGCGAUUUCCUCUUUGCAUCCAGACACUGCCACCGCUAGUGCUGAUAAUCACAUCGAUCUGGAUCCCACGAUCACCUCGAUGGUUGUUGCAGCAAGGUAAAAUCGAAGAAGCGUGGAAAGUCAUCCAAGCCCUCCGAAAAUCUCCCGACGACCCAGACGAUCUCGUUGCAAAGGAAGAACUCUACCAAACCAAAGAGCAAAUCGCACUUGACUCAGCGAAGCUCAAAGCUAUCGGUUACGGUCCCUGGAUGGCAUGCAUCAAGAAGAAGAGCUAUCGCAAAAGGAUGAUUAUUGGAUUUCUGACUCAAUGGGGUGCCGAGUUCGCUGGACCUUUAGUGAUUAACAACUAUUCCGUCAUUUUGUACACGAAUCUGGGUCAAAAAGGCUCGAUGCCUUUGCUUCUGUCUGCUCUCUGGCUUACGACUGCUGGCGUCAUCUACAAUCCCGGUGGGGCGUGGUUGCAUGACAAAGUCAACUCCCGCCGAUGGAUGUACAUGAUUGGCACCGCAGGUUGUCUCGUCACAACAUCAUGCCUCUGCGCCAUGAUCGCAACCUAUGCCGGAACGACAAACCAAGCCGGUAACGCUGCUGGUGUCUUUUUCGUCUUCUUCUACCUCACCUUCCAGGGCACCUUUUGCGAUACAACCAUGUACUUGUAUGUCAGCGAGAUCUUCCCGACCGAGAUUCGUCCGAUCGGUAUGGGAUUCAGUUUGUUUGGCCAAUUCGCCGCGACCAUCAUUUUGCUACAGACCGCCCCGAUCGGGAUCAACAAUGUCGGUUGGAAGUAUUACCUUGUCAUUGUCUGUUGGUGUAUCGUCUAUCUGCCGAUGAUUUAUUUCUUCUGGCCCGAGACAGCACGAUUGAGUCUCGAGGAGAUUUCGGCCAAGUUUGGAGACGAUGUGGCUGUUCAUGUCAAUGACGUGAGCGAGGAACAGAGACGAGAACUGGACGAGUUUCUCAAGAGUAAAGACAUUGUCCAUUCGGAUGUUUCGGGGGUGAAUGAUGGACAAAGACAAGAACCUACUGAGAUUAGUGAGAAGGGUAUGAAGGUGUGAUUGGCCUGCGCGUGGAUUUUAUGGUGAGAUGGAAAGGAGAAAAGUUGCAAGUCUUCCUGAGCUGGUCCGAUACGCUGGUGAUGUCGUUGUAAAUUGUA